AUGACUACUGUCCAGCCCUUCGAGGCCACAGAUCUACUGAGCCUGAACCAUGUCAACCUAGAUGUACUGACAGAAAACUUCCCCUUGGAGUUUUAUCUGGAAUACCUAAUAGUGUGGCCGGAGCUAUUCUUCGAGAGCCAGGAAGUUACCAAGCCCAAGGCUGGCGGGCAGCAUGAAAUUUCAGGAUACAUGAUGGCCAAGACAGAAGGAAAGGGGCCAGAAUGGCAUUCUCAUAUAACAGCAGUCACAAUAGCUCCUGAGUUCCGCCGUAUUGCCCUAGCAUCUGGUCUCUGUAGUGCAUUAGAGACUAUCACUGACAACCAGCCACACAACGUCAACUUCAUCGACUUAUUUGUGAAAUGCGAUAACGGCCUUGCUCUUAAGCUUUACGAGAAGCUAGGAUACUCUGUUUUCCGAAGGGUGGUUGGUUAUUACAAUUCAUCUGCUGAUUCGUACCCAACAGGCUUGAACAAAAUUCAUGACGACAAAGAUGCAUUUGAUAUGCGUAAGGCUAUGGCGCGAGAUGGUGGGCGCAGCAUAAGGAAAGAUGGCAGAAAGCACCGCUGCUUCCCACACGAGGUACGUUUCUAA